GCAGUUCUAAACGAAAGAUGGUAACCGACUGUAGCACGCAAAUGACGUCAAAGAAUCAAGCCAAUAAGAAGUGGAUCGUAGCAGCUCAAUGAAAAUAAGAUCGAAUUUUGUACAUAACCUUAGUAAAAAUUUUUACCGGCAAAAUUGCGAUGACACCAAUUUACAUUAUGAUAGCAAUUUUAUUGAUUUAAACUAAGAAAUAGUACAUUCACAUACAAAAUGUUAAAUCCACGACAAAACGGCGAUUAUCUUCGUCUUUGUAGAACAAUUUACAACAAAGAUGAAGUAACAACUCAAAAUUUGAUUCUACAUGAUGUUGAUGUUGAUAAUGAUAAAUUACAACGCAAUACUCAUCUUCAUUGGGCAAUUAUACAAUUCGAACCCUUAGAUGUUAUAACUAUGCUACUUGAUAAAGGAGCUGAUGUCCAUGCUAUGAAUCAUCAUCAUUUUGGAGCACUCAAAGUUGCAAUUCAGUAUAACAAUGUACAAGCAGCAUCAUUAUUGAUACAGAGAGGAGCACUUUUUAGAGAAGAUUUAAAUUCAUUGCUACUCAUGGCGAUUGAGCAACAAAAUACCCCAAUGAUAAAGAUUUUACUGGACAACGGCAUGCACAGUAAUUCAUCAAUUGAUUUAAAAAUUCCUCUUUAUGUCGCUAUUUUACGAGGACAGCCAAAAAUAAUUGAGUACAUUUUACCUCACUGUCGAUUUUUUAAACCAUCUGAUCGAUAUUUUCCUAGAGAGGUUAUAAUAAAAUCUGGUCAACCAUACAAAGAAUGUGUUGAGUUGUUGUUGGAAAGGAACUUUAUCGUAAAUCCAGACAGUAAUCGAGAUGAAGAAUUUGUUUAUGCUGCUGUAGAGAAAGGCUAUCUACCAAUUGUUUUACAACUUUUAAGGAUGGGAGUUGAUGUCAACAUGAUGAAUCCAAUUACUGGAUUGAACCUCCUAAAAGUAGCUUGUUUACAUGAACAUCAUGACAUUGUUGAAAAUUUGUUGAAGCACAAUGCUUAUGUAAAUGUAACAACACUCACCAACAUCAAGAUAUUAAAUAAUUUGUUGCAUUACAAUCGUAAUCAUCCACUGUCAUUAAUUCAUGAUACAAAUGAUUUACGUGAUAUAACAUGUUUACACAUCGCUGUUUUAAAUUCUGAUACAAAGAUGACAAGAUUAUUAUUGAAAUAUAACGUUAAAAUAAUAGAUGAUCCAAAUUUUUUUUACAUCACCAGGAUUGCUGUACAACAUAAUUGUGAAGAUAUUGUUCGUAUGUUUUUAGACCGUGGUGUUAAUUUAGAUGACAUUGAUUUUGACGGCAAAUCGCUUUUACACUUUUGUGUUCAUUCCAGUAGUGAUGAACAAAGUUCUCGAUAUAACAUAGCUAAAUUGCUGUUGAAAAAAAGAGCUCACAUCCACAUUCGUACUCCAGGAAAUUCACUUCUAUUUGAAGCAAUAAAAAAUAAAUAUUAUCAAAUAGCUCAAUUAUUUUUGGAAUAUAACGCUGAUAUCCAAUAUGUCAGUCGAGAUGGUGAUACUUUACUCCAUAAGGCCAUUGAAAAUAAUUUUGAUGCAGAGUUCAUAAAAACUUUAUUAACGUUGAAUUCACCAGUUAAUGCUGUAAACAAAGACAUGCUUACACCACUUCAUGUUGCUUGCCAAGUUAAAUUAAAACAACAAUUACAGAUUGUGAAAACACUGUUAGACUACAAUGCUAAUGUCAAUUGUACUGUUGAUAGUUCCACCAUUAAUGGUACUGCAGAUCUGGAGGACUUUGAAUUUCCGUCCAAUAAAAUAAAUAUUUAUAGUAUAGACAACAAAGGUCAAUCACCUCUUCACUUUGUUUGUAAAUACAAGAGUCAUAUGACUGCCAGUAUAAUACAGUUAUUGCUACAACACAAUGCAAAUAUUGAAGCUGUGGAUGCAAGAGGUUGGACUCCAUUAUUUGUCGCUUGUUGUUCAGGUAAUGACAUAGCAGUGAAGUGUCUUUUAGAUCAUCAUGCAAAUAUUAAUCGUACUGAUAUACAAAAAUUAACUCCUCUUUAUAUUGCUGCGAAAAACUGUACAGAUGAUACUAAAAUCGUAAAAAUACUCUUAAAACAUAAAGUUAAUGUUCAUUGUAUGGACAAAUGGGGAAAUUCAGUAAUUCAUAUCAUCGUUAGCGGGGGUAACGAAGAACUUAUAAAAAAUUUUGCUUGUACACAAAUUAACUUUAAUUCUAUAAACAAGCAAAGAAAUUCUCCACUUCAUACUGCUGUUAACCUGCCAAAUGUGGCUGUGGUUAAAAGUCUAUUAAAAUAUGGAGCCAAUGUCAAUAUUCUUGAUAAAAAGAAUCAAACUCCUCUCGAAGUGGCUAUAAAAAAAAUGAUAGAUUUGCAAAAUCAAUUUCGUCAUUCUUGCCGAAACAAUUUGGCUAAUGAGAUUUAUCCUUACCUGAAUAUAUGUAAGGAAAUAAUAAAAGUUCUCAAAAUACACAUUGUUAAGCUGAAUAUCGCUAAAUUAAAGGUAAACCGUCAAAACAUGAAAAUUGCUUAUGAUCCUAAUAAUUAUAUUACGAGCGAUGAUGAAUUUUCUGAUAAUGAUUCUGAUCAUGAGAAUGCAGAAUUUAACAUCCUAGAACUUGAAGUGAAAUGCGAGCAAGAAAUAGAACAGAUGAAAAUGAAUAGAAUUGGUGUUAAUAAAAUGACUUUUUAUGAUUUGCUGACCAAAAAUAUUCAUUUUCUAUGCAAAUUUGUUAGAAAUAAAAUAAUUAGACAAAUAUUAGAAUCUGAAGUCUAUGAUGAAAAGUUUCCAUUGUAUAUAGACAUUGUUCGAAGUCGUUUUCGAGAUGCUAAAUUCAGAUAUAGAAUGAUGAACUCUGCUAGUAAAUACUUUACUGCAAAUAUUACUAAACGAUUACCUGAUAAUUGCGUAGAUACAGUGUUUAGUUAUUUAAACAUUAAGGAUAUAAAAAUGUUUAUUAGGGCUAUGAAGCCAUUAAAUAAAUAAUUUUUCUCAAAAAUGUUUUAAAAUUCAAAUUAAUUUCAAUCAUUAAUAUAAAAAAUAGCAAUUAUUUUAUAUUGACAGUUUCUUAAUACAAGUGCUUUAUUUUUUUAAUUAUAAUAAUUUUUGUACCAUUUAGUACAAUUAGAGAAGAGAGAUGUAAAUAGAAGUUUAUUUUAAAUGGGUAGAACACAGCAUUAAACUUCUAUAUCCAUCUAUUUGCUCUGGUACAACAUUUUUAUUUUUGAUACAUUGUUUAAGAAGUAUAAAAUUUACAUUAAAAAAACAUAAACAGAAAGAAUGUUAUUAAAAUUGAUUUAUUUUUUAUAAUAAAUGUAAGAAAAAGAAUAUCAUUCUUUUGCAUAAAUAUAAUAAUUAGUAAUUUGAAAACAAAAGAUUUAUAGUAGA